AUGAAUUCCACUCGUCCUCCUGUACUAGUCGCAGGCGCUGGGCCAGCAGGUCUUGUAGCAGCGUUGACACUCCUCCAGAACGGCAUUCCAGUCCGCAUCAUCGAUAAAGACCCGAACCCUCGCAUCGGACAGCGUGGUGCCGGAAUCUGGCCACGCUCCCUCGAGCUUUUCAACUUUCUGAAUGUAUCAGAAGUUAACGACCUAGGGAAACCCAUCCCUAUCCUUCGUUCGUACAAGCCCGGGACGUUGGAACCUGUGAAGGAAUCUUCGAUGGUCCCAUAUAUGGAAUCUAGCCCUGCUAUACCAUUCGACGUUCCCAAGAUGAUAGGUCAACAGCUCCUAGAUGAAGUUCUGCGACGCCACCUAGAGAAAUUCUCGUGCUUUGUCGAGAUGGGCACCGAACUGCGUUCGUUCGAGCAAUCCGACGAGGGUGUUACAGCUGUUCUAGCAAAGAACGGCAUAUUGGAGACUUUCGAUACCAAGUGGAUUAUCGGCGCUGACGGUGCCAAAGGCAUCGUGCGCAAACAGCUCGGGCUUACAUUUGUAGGCGAAACUAGAGAUGAUGCUGGAAUUAUCACCGGAGAUAUUCGUUUAAAGGGCGUUGGUCUUGAUAGAGUGUAUUGGCACCAAUUCGGAAAUUUCCAUGAACAAGCCAUUUCAUUGCGUCCGGCUGACGAAAUUGGCGAGGAUGGCUGGCAAUUUUUCAUCUUCGGUGUCAAAGACCUGACAAAGGUCGCUCAGAGCGAGGAGCUGAUCUUCGAGAUCAUCGCGUCAGUGAUACCCACGGAGGUUACAUUCAACAAGCUGGUCUGGGUGAGCGAGUACCGGGCCAAUAUUCGUAUGGUAAACAAGUUUAGCGAGGGCCGAGUAUUUGUUGUGGGUGAUGCUGCCCAUGUCCAUCCCCCAAGUGGUGCCCAGGGACUCAACUCAAGUGUACAAGAUGCUUUCAAUUUAGCUUGGAAACUCGCGCUCGUCGAAAAAGGACUCGCCGACAAGUCUCUGCUCGAGACGUAUAAUGCCGAACGUCUGCCUGUCAUCUCCGAAAUGCUUGGGAUCACCACCUCGAUUAUGAACCAGGCAGUGAAGACAGGAGAUCCGACCGACCGACGAAGUUCUAUCCUUUUCAUGCUUGGUAUCAACUGCCGGUUCAGCAGCAUUGUCCUGGAUGAAUUUGUGACUCCAGUUGAGGGGAGACCUAUCAAAGCCUACGGGAUACUCGAUGAGGGGCAUCUGGAGGCUGGAGACAGGGCGCCUGAUGCACCAGAUGUGCUGCUGGUGGGGCGUGGAGAGUCUGACAUGAAGACUCUUUUUGGUCUGUACAAACCAUGGCAUCACACGGUGCUUGUGUUCGCACCGAGUCUCGCAGAUUCUUCCCCCAUCUUGGGCGCCCUUGGGGCAUACGACAAAAGCGUCGUGCGAUCGGCAGUCGUUUUACCUUCAUCAACACCAGUGACACCUGCUGCAUCCCCUGCUGACCUCGUUCUCGUUGACCAGGAGGGCUAUGCAUAUUCGGCUUAUCUCGUGGAAGCUGGCCAGACGAAGGUGUUUGUGAUACGGCCGGACGGGGUGAUUGGAGCGAUUGUACACGGUGCGGAAGGCAUGAAGAAAUAUUUCUCGGGAAUAUUUUUGGACGUGUAG